UGAAAGAGAAAGUUCUCUAAAGCCAUGUUGAUGGUCUUAUGUGCUCAUUCAAAUCAGCUAGUGCUGCAAGCACUUACUUAGCACUUCUUCGAUCCCACUUCAGUGGUGUAGGAGACUCCUGACUGGUCUCUGUUCUGAUGUGGAAGCAAUUGAAGGUCCCAAAGAGGGGAGAUAACUAUUAGACUGGUCUCAGCCUGGGCAGUAAAGAUGCUCAGGAAAUGAAGGAUUCUGUUAAAAGCUCGGACUACAUAGAAAGGCUGGCACAUAAAUACAUGAAGUGCGUCGUAGAGUCAAGUACAGAGUCAGAGUCUGAAUCCAGUGCUGAGGUCGUGCCUAGCCCCCUUGCUGAAGGACUCAAGAAGGCAAGGGACUCAAAGGGAUCACAAUUUUUAGAUCCUUAUGAUGGUGAUUCAGAAGAUGCAUCCAUACACUCUGACUGCAGCUUGAAUUCUUUAAAUAGUAUAAAAGUUGCACCGUGGGUGAACAGCGCCCCAAAAGCAAUGGCUUUGGAGGAUGCUGAUCCUUCAGAAGAUGGAGAGGCCUUCCCUGAAACUCUGCACUGGCUCUGCCCAGAAACAAAGAUCGGUGAAAUCCACACCCAGAUAGCAACUGACUGUAAAGCACCCCCGGAACUUGCUAGCCAACAGAAGGAUUUCUCAAGAAGCCUGUCGCAAUCCUCUGAACUGACUAGAGCCACAGAAGCACUUCCCUCCAUGUGGCUGACACCUGACCAUUCCUUACUGAUGGGUAUUAAUUCUUCAGCCUCCGCAGAUCCGCUUGCAAGUCCAGGCGACAGUGUUCCACAAACCAUGCUAACAGAUGACUCUGAUGAAACAAUGUCCAAACAGCCACUAAUUAAAAGAAAACAAGGAAUUCCCACUGCAGAGGGUGCUGGUGAAAAACUACGAAGAAAGAAAUUUCGUGCUAUCUAACCUGAGUGUUUGCUCUUCAUUUGUCUGAUCUGCUGUGUGACAGGAGGGAAGCAGCUGUAUGGUGAACAACUCUACAGGUUUGACUACGAACAAUUAUGUUAAGCUGAAAUGAACGUAGCAAUCUAGCUUUCAUUUCUUUUUUCUUUAAUCACAGAGUUGUUGACUUGUAUUAUUAAUAUAUCUGUUCCUACCUAUUCUGAACAGUAUUUUUGUUAUAUGCUCAGUACAUCUGCCAGUUUAGAAUUUACAAUGCAAAGUUGAACACAGUAUCUGUAAGUGCUCCUCUUCCUCAGUGAGAACAAUCAUGAGUUGCGGAAGUGUGGUGCAUGCUGAUGGGAGGUCGGUUGGCCAGUAAAACCUCUCUGAUCUCCCUCCUUGAUGAUAAUCUUUUUAGUAGUUUCCACAUAAAUGGACUAUACCUGCAGAAGUAUGAUUGCUUGAAAUAUGCCAGUACCAAUUACCUCUGAAAGCAUUCAGAAACUGUUCAUUUUGCAUGACUGGCAGAGAUUAAUUUCAGACUUUUAAAAAAUGCCUAAUAAAGGUAGCUUGUACCAUUCUCUUAACAGCUGCAUAAUUAUGUUAAAGUAACUUUUUCCCUUCA